AUUUUGCUCAAAUGCUCCAUAUUAAUCCAUUAAUUUUGGACUUGCUGUUGGGCGCCCUUUAGUGUUUGAUAAACCUGGAAGACAUUGCUGAGUGGCAGUUCUCCUGUCUACAAAUUCUCUGGUACCACCUGAGACUUUCUAACAUAACAGGAGGGGAACCAUGUAAUGCCAGCUCAGCCAAUCAUAUCAGACCUCUUAAGUUGUAAGCCAGUCAUAUCAGACCUGGGGGUGGGGCUCUGGUGCUCCUCACUCUGCAAAGUAAUGCCAGUCAGUAACUGCUGAAGUUGUGACAGGAUUUUGGCUAAAAGCUCACAAAAAUGAAAAUUAGGCCUUAUUUAAAAUGUAGAAUAUACAGUCUGAAUCAGUAAGUAGUCACAGAGCAAAGUAUCUACCUACAGUAUAGAUUUGUGCAAAUUAUGGUCAACAUAGUUGGCUAUCAAGUUAUUAGCCGGUUGCUUGUUAGCUAGCUAACUUUAAGUUUGUGGGGCAAAGAAAAGAGGAUAGGCCACCUGACUAUACAGGAUGAAUGUUAUCUAGAUGAAGAGCCAACUAUUUGAAGAAUUUUAAGAAACUUCACAGAUUAUUUUCAUAUUUCUAUAAAGUAUUUUGAAACAAUCACAUCAGUGUUAGCUAUAGUUUGUUUUUACUCUAUAUAGCUAAAAUUUGCGUUGUGUAGCGCAGUUUUAUAUCACUUAACUCUUCAAUUUAUACAUGGUAAUUAUGAGAUGGCAGCUUUGUAGAAGACCAGUCAGGUGAGAAGAUUUUGGCCAAUUCAAACAAAAAAAUAAACUCAUUGAUCCUUGAGUUCUUGUAAGUCUGAGCCUAAUAAAAAAAUGUGUUACUAAACAGGCAAGAAGCUGAAGGAGACCACUUCCUGACUUAUGACAUGACAAAUGGGAAGAAAACAGACAGCCUGUUGUGAUUGUACUUGUUUUGGGGCCUGAUAAUUGUUCCGCUUAUAGACUGAAAGCCCUGACGUUAUUUGUGCUUAAAUUACUAUCAAAUUAUAAUGAUUUACUUUCAUGCUAUCAGUUGUUAUCCCUCAAUCCAGGCGAAUUGUUUGUACUGCCAGGUUGAAAAUUCAAGUGUACUUAUUUUUGGGAGAAGAACAAACUCUAAAAAACCCACGAACUGAGAGAGUACGGGUCAGUGUCGCGCAGAAUUCCUAGCAAGUUAGCUGAUUUCUGUUCUUAUUUUUCCUACAGAUGUUGUUUUUAAACAAAUAACACAUUCACGUUAUAUAUAUAUAUGCUUAAAUGCAAGUUUGGGUGCACUUUACAUGUUUUUGACACUCUAACCAUGAAUGUGUUUAGUGUCUCUGCUGAGUAGUCAGUGUAGCUGUAACAAUACACCUGAAUUUGCUGCUUGGUCAGUAGUUUUAGCAAAGUUGGUGUAAGAGUAUGUAACUGAAAGCUCUUUUGAUAGUUUUUUCUACAUCUCAACCUGUAUAAUUAUAAUAAUGUCACUGAUGUAAAAAUGAGUUAAACAUUGUAUGAGUUACUUUAGCUUAAAAGCCCAAGUUUCUACGGGAGUGUAGUCUGGGUCAUGUUUACUUACACUGUUCAACUGGAGUGUGUUCAACUUAUGUGUAGUUUUCAAGGCUUAAUUCAUUUGAGGCAACGAGUUACCUCAGAAAGUUUGAGUGAACUGAACUUGUCAGGGUUUACAGUGUAAAAUGGCCCAGUUUGAGGCGGUUAAGUGCUGAAGUACAGUGUGUUGGAUGUGGCCGCACUCUGUACUUCUUUAAGUAUCCACUAGACUCCGUAUAGAGAAUGAGAGAAUAGAGGAAAGUGGCAUUGCUGGGGGUUUGAGUUUAUUGUGACGUCCUCCCAUAGCAACCAGAGGAACGUUCUACAGCUCGAGAAGGAGCGCGAGAGCGCAUUUCCCGCCAGAUUUAUCCACAGAAUGGCUGGAGAAGACGACGGGGUCAGCGUUAAUCACACUAAAGUGCAGUAAAGCGCUGGUUUCUGUCUGCCAGCGCGACUCUGAGCUGUUUUUCUCGCCAUGACUGACUUUCUCCUCGCCGUGGUGUCGGAGCGGAACGCCUUCCCGACCCUCGCCCGGCUGACCGAGCACGAUGUGGAAGCUAUUUGGGCAAACGUGGCAUCUUUCAUCGAGCGCCAGAUGACCAUGCAGAAGGGGGUGUGCAUUUCUGGCUUGGGAACAUUUACCUUCUCUCAGAUGAAACUUGAUGUGGGCAGCAAGUAUGUGCUCAUUCAGCGUCCCGUCUUCCUCUUAUCUGAGAGACUUUCCCAGUCUCAUGGCCUCAAACAGACCAAACCUCUUGCUGCAGCAGGAGACAUUCCAGUGGUGCCGCUCAACUUCACAGCCCUGUCCACGGAGAGCCCGUUUGACCGGGACGUGGUGGAGGGCUGCAUCCGGGAGACGCUUCUCCUGCUGCUCCGUGCUGUUUCCACCCAGCGCACUGUUGUCUUCACCUUCAGAGGCAUUGGUGUCCUCUCGUUCCACCACAGCAACGUCAAGAUGAAGUUCUACAAGGACUUUAUCUCUGCCAUGGAUGGCACUGGGAAACUUUUAUGGGCCCUAACCAACAGACCUGGAACAAGCUGCUCUGUAGUUUCUGGGAAACUUUCCAGUCUCCAACGACCCAUGACCAGCAAUGCCAUCCUGCUCCCCAAAAUCUCCUCAGGAGAGUCACCAAGAGAGGCAGAUGAGGACGAAAGCACAGACCCACCAGCCAAGCCUAAUGACAGAGAAGAGGAGAAGAAAAACGAGAUCAAACUCUCAGCACAACCCAAGUCCAGGCUACCCAUAGCUAAAACAAAUGCAGACCUCUCCACAGAUGAACCAGAUGCCAAGGCUUUACCAGAUCCAGAAAGACAUGCUGGAUUCUCUCAGCCACCAGAUGGUGCUGUUGAACAAGUGGAAGUAAAGAGAGAAGAACCCUCCUCUAAUCCGGCCUGUCAUGACCACGCUCGAGCCGGACAGGAGCUAUGCUACCUGUGUAUGCAGCGAGCGCAGCGUAACGUGCCCCUGUAUGUUGCGGAGGAGAGGCGGAGAGAAGAGCAGGAGGAAAAGAAAGUCCUGAUGCUCGCUGAACAACACAAAGAUGAGCAGUUUUUGCAGAAAGAGCAGGCCGAACAAGAGGAGAAGCGAGAGAACACCAAAAAAAUAGCAGCAUUUAAUCUGGGGACCGCUGAAGCACUGAGAGCAAAGAAGUCAGCAAAGCCCUCCCGGUUUGAGGGCUCGUAUAUCUUUAGUGGACGUCCAGUCACCCCUCCGGCACUUCUAAAGCAGAGACGAUACAUGCAGGAGCUGAUGGAGCAGGUGGAGUGCAGGAGGCAGCAGCUCACACAAAGCCUCCGGGACCACAAGCUCAUUGACCGGCUGCAUCAGAUCCAGCUCGCAGAUGAGAUUGAGAAACAAAAAUCCCAUGAACUUCAUCAGAAGAAGCAGAACAUCAAGAGCCUCCAGGAAGCCCUGAGCACCCAACUGGAGUAUCGCGGCACUGGGAUCCCCGCUCGACAGCCUGACUCUGAUGGCCCUGUUUUCGGGGUGUAUGACAGAGCUCCAGAAGCACUGGCUGAGCAGAAGCAGAGAGCACGGAGGCUCUUCCAGGAGCAGAUGAACACAGCCAACACCAAGAGGAAGGAGGCGCUGUUCAACCGCCUCAGUGAGCAGAGGACAGAGAGGGACAUGCUGCACCGCAACCGCAAAGAACUGAUAGCAGACAGAAUCUCCUGUUACGAGAGGCUGCGUAGUCUGCGGGCGUCGCUGGAGGACACAUGGAACCGCAGUGCUGACUUGAAACACCACCGAGACCUCGAGGAGAGAGCUUUCAUCAGGUCAGGCAGUGGGCUGCUCAUAGACCAGUGUGAGCAGUAUCGCCGCUGCUAUCAGUGCAAGAGAAAGACUAGCAACUGCGGGGAGAGCAACAUCUGGAAGGAGUCCCGCUACAUCCCCGGCUCCCGGUUGAUGGUGUAGCCUCCUCUAACAAUGCAAGCAAAUGGAGCAUAAAAUAAUCUAAAACAAUCAAUGACUGAUAGCAACUGACAAAAGCUGUGAUGCUACAACUCUAAGACUUGAAGUUUUGACACCUUAAAACUUGAAUGUUUAUCUUUUUGUUUACAGUCUGGUGGGAAGUUUAACGACCGCGCUGGGGGCUUUAACACUUUCUCCAGGGCCUAACGCAAUCAUACAGACGCAUGCUGAUGUCAACUGUCAGUCAAUAAAAUGUGUGAAAGCUACAAAAUGUCCCUCUUUUGAUGUCUAAUGGGUGGAGGAGCAUUCACAGUGCAGAGUGGAUCACACACAAUUCAGUGUCACUGCUGGACGUAGAAUGGUCCACCAACCAGAAAUAU